AUCCUGCUGGGGCUUGUGGUUCUCACCUUGUGCUCUUUCUCUUCCAGGAGUAUCUUACCUUUGAGUAACUGCCCCCAGGUACCGUGCUGCAGGCACAUUGUUCCAGGGCCUCUGUGGUGCUCCGAUGCCCCUCACCCACUGUCGAAGAUCCCCGGUGGGCGAGGGGUUGGCAGGGAUCCUUCUCUCUCAGCUUUGAUAUAUAAGGAUGAGAAGCUCACUGUUAACCAAGAUCUUCCAGUGCAUGAUGGGAAACCACAUAUUGUCCACUUCCAGUACAAAGUUACGGAAGUAAAGAUCUCCUCCUGGGAUGCAGUGCUAUCCAAUCAGAGUCUUUUUGUGGAAAUCCCUGAUGGCUUAUUAGCUGAUGGGAGCAAAGAAGGAUUAUUAGCGCUGUUAGAAUUUGCUGAAGAGAAAAUGAAAGCAAGUUAUGUCUUUAUUUGCUUUCGAAAAAGCAGAGAAGACAGAGCUCCGUUACUGAAGACAUUCAGUUUUUUGGGUUUUGAAAUUGUGAGGCCUGGUCAUCCUUGUGUCCCAUCAAGGCCAGAUGUGUUGUUCAUGGUAUACCCCCUGGAUCAGGUCUCUUCUGAUGAUGAUUAGACCUAGUGCAGCAUUUCAGUGGGGCCUGGACAUGCUUCAAGGACGAGAGGGGGCUAAAACGCCUCUUCUGAGGAAAGGGAAAACAAAAUUCUUCUGGACUGAAACUGCAUUUCUUAUUGUUAGAGUGACCUGUAUAUCUUCUGAGUUGACUUUUCCAUUGAAAUGUGUUACCUAGCGAAUAAUAUAAAGUCUGCACAUGUAAUUGCACAAUAGUAAAUGGAAGGUAAAUGGAGCUCUGUGGCCCGCUUUAAGCCUAGUGGAGACAUCCUGUCCAGCCACUUGGUGGCUGUGGAGCCCACAGAUGAAGAGAGGGAAAAGCCUCAAUUACUUGUUACAUUCAUGUUGGGCUAUCUAUUAAUUUGGUUAUUUGGCUUUCAUUUUAAAUGCAUAUUUAUAUGUUCACUCAGACUCUUAAGCAGGGGAAUGUUUUGAGUGUGGAAAUAUGAGGAACAUUAGCAUUUUUUGGCAAACAGAUGAUGGUACCACUGGGUAAUCAAUACUCUGGGGUUCUGAGAAACUGUCCUCUUUCUGGCUUUUUUAUUAGGCUAGUAUUAACUCUGCAUUAGUGCAACUUCAUUUAAAAGAGGGGAGCGAAACAAACGUGUGAAUCUGGCCUUGCUUCUGAGAGAACCUGAACUGCAUCACCGUCCCUCUCAAAAGGAUCAGGGCAGCCUUGUGUCCAACACAGUAUCGUAUGGCAAAAUGGGGACAGGGCCAGUCAAAUCAAGCCUUCCUUUCCUUUAGGAGGAAAUGUCAAGUCCACACCUCUGUUACUUACAAAGUCUAUGGAUUACAGGAUCUUUAUAGGCAACUUAAUUUAACAAUUAGUCUUCAAUCUAUGCAUUCUCAAAAUGCACUGGAAACUUUCCCUAAAAGUAAUUCACAUGAUUGGAAUUUCAUGCCCUCCUCCCUUCAAACGCCUCCUCUGGCUAUUAGAUUACUGCUAUCCUGCUCACCUUUAACAGCCAGUUCCUUCAAACUUCAUUCACAAUACUAAAACUCUUCUUGUCUAUUUACUGAUGUUAUUCAAAGCACUUUUCACUUCGAGGCAUUAAUUUUAAUCUUCUGCCUCAUCAGUGCAAAAUACAAGCUGCCUGACUAUCACAGAAGGGAAACCCUACAUAGCCUAUGGGGGCAUGAUAAGCUUCCUCUUUGGUCAGAUAGUUGCAAUUUCUGCUUAGCUUCCAGUUACAGAUUGUGGGUAUCUUGAUUUGUCUCGCUAAGCUUUAGGACAAAAAUGAGCAGUUAUUUUUUAGCCUUACCAUUAAGGGUCUGUUGAUUGGAGGAGGGGACUAUCUAAUUCCAGACUCUUGGCAGGUUUUUGGGGAAAAAAGCAACAUAGGACUGAUGCCAUGGAGAUAAAAUAAAACUAUCUGUGUCCUCUCACAAUUUUCACUUGUAAAAUGUUAGAUCUCACAACUGUAGGCUUGAAUAUUAGCCAUACGCUGAAAAUUUAUUGGGCUGACAACUGGCACUAUUAAUAUUGGAAGGGAAGAUCCAACUUCUUACAUAGGUUUAUGAUUUAGGGUUACCUGGCUGUUUGAUAAGCAAUUUCAUCUGCACUGUCUAGUUAAUGGAAAACUUGUGACAUGAGAGAAUCAGCAUCUCCUUUACCAAAGAGCUGUAUGCCACUUGGACAGACUACCACUAGGUAAAACUGGGUUCUACAUUCACCAUACUUUUUAUAAUCUAGGCGGAUAUGGCUACUUAAAUUUCUUAAACUGUAUUUAGACAAUUUUCAAAUGUGUUACCCCUGCAAGUUAGGACAUCUAAAAUGGAGCCUAACCAUUUGAAAUGAGUUCUGCUUGCUUUAUUGGGUGUGCUUUGUCUUUGGUUGCUUUGAAUGAUACAUAAAACCAACAAUAUGACUACUGUUUGUGGAAACAAGCAUAGGCCAGCUAGAUCCUGAAUUACAUUGGCCUCUUAAUUUUAAAAUGUAUGUGCUUAUCAAUUUUCAGAGUUCUACCCAAUAUAAAAGAAUUGUGGCCUUUUUAAUUUAA